AUGGUAGCAAGUCUGCGAUGCACGGAGUGCGGUGUGAAAGUGCAUGAAAAAUGCCGUGAACUGCUCAGUGCUGAUUGUCUGCAACGAGCGGCAGAGAAGAGCUCGAAGCAUGGUGAAGGAGAACGAAUACAAUCUUUAGUAGCAGUAAUUCGAGAUCGAAUGAAAAUUCAAGAAAAGAAUAAGCCUGAGAUUUUCGAGACGAUACGGUAAUU